AUGGCUUCCGAGGGCAUCACCUUUGAGCGUAAUUCCGCACAGAAUGCAGUCGACGCAGAAGGACUCCAGCAGAAGGGAGACGAAGAAGCUGCAGCCCGCCAUCGACCUGACAGAGACGGGAUACUUGAUUCACUGAAAGCACCUGGAACUGUCUUGCUUGAGGACAUAAGACGGCUAGCGGACGUCGAGCAUGGCGCAGAUGGAGUUAUUGUCCUCCAGCCACAACCCUCAAGCGACCCAAAUGAUCCAUUGAACUGGAGCAUGGGGCGCAAGGUCCUGAACUUUGCCCUCGUGUCUUCCUACAAUCUUUGGAUAUUCACUAUACUUGAUAUUGCGACAGUGGCUUGGAGUGUCUUGGUCGAAGAAUUGGGAGUAACGUAUUCCCAGUUGAACGACGCUUUUGCCUCCAACUUGGCAGGCUUAGCUGUGGGAUGCCUUUUGUUCAUCCCAUUCGCUUUGAAAUUCGGUCGACGCCCAGUUUAUCUUUUGAGCACCUUUAUCAUAUUUAUUACAGCGAUCUGGCAAGCAGUCCAGAGCAACCUGGCCAACAUUAUUGCAAACCAGGUCGUCUCCGGGCUCGCAGGGGCGGUUAGUGAGACUUUGCUCACAGUCACGAUCGGUGAUAUCUUCUUCACUCAUCAGCGAGGUAAGGCCACUGCGGUUGGCACCUUCUUUGUACUCGUCGGGUCAUUUUUGGCCCCCGUCGCUGCUGGCUACAUUGUCGACGGCCAGGGAUGGCGGUGGAUGUAUUGGUGGUGUGCCAUAUUCCUCGGCAUCAACACUCUUGCGUUUAUGUUUUUCUUUGAGGAGACAAAGUUUAUUAUCCCGACCAUUGGAAUCAGUCCAAUCUCCGACGGUCAUCACCGAGUCUCUGAUAGAGACAAGCUCGAGCAGAAGGAUACUCUUCACUCCACUGUCUCGGCACCACAGGUCCUCCAUCAUGGUAUCAACCGCUCCAUCCCCCUGAAAUCAUACCGCCAACGGCUACCAUUCUACACCAGUACUCCAGGCGGCUGGCUUAAGUUUGUGCGACACGUCUACCAGCCACUACUUCUACUAGGCAUGUUUCCCGCCAUUGCAUACGGAGCCGUUCAGUAUGGCUGCUUGCUAUGCUGGUUCUCGAUUGUCGUCACUACUCAGGCGAACUACUUUAUCCUUGAGCCUUACAAUUUCGGUCCCAUUCAGAUCGGCUUACUGAACUUACCACCUUUCAUUGGCAGUCUCGUGGGCUGUGUGUGGUGCGGCCCUAUCAGUGACUGGUCGAUCGUGUACUUCGCCAAACGUAAUAAAGGUAUUUUUGAGCCUGAGAUGCGACUUUACAUCGCAGUGGUUCCCGCUAUUCUGGGUCCUAUUGGAAUCUUCACCUAUGGAUAUGGCACUGCAGCUGGUAUGCCGUGGAUUAUCCCAUGCGUGGGAACGGCCUUUUAUGGCUUCGGGAUCUCGGCUAUCGGUGGCCUCACCCUUACCUUCGUCCUUGAUUCAUACAAAGAGAUUGUCGCGGAUGCGUUGGUCGCGGUCGCUUUUGUUAGGAAUGGCCUUUCUAUGGUCGUGGUCUUUGUCCUGACGCCCUGGAUUGCGGGCAUGGGGUUCAGAAAUUCCUUCACACUCAUUGGAUGCCUGGCCCUUUUCAUCAAUCUGUUGUGCCUCCCGAUGAUUUACUUUGGUAAGAGAUGGAGGGUAGCGUGUGCCGAGAGAUAUGAGACGAUGAUCGGACUCCAGUUCAACACUCGCUCCCACGCAAUCUGA